AUGGUGGCCCAACUGCUAGGGUUGGCCUUUCCAUUUCUGCUUACCAUCCUGUUUGACCUAACUUAUGCGGUAGAGGUCAAUCCCAGUUGGGAGGUAGUGUACCAGGACACCAGUGUUUACGGUGUGGUGAACAAAGCUGUGAUCCUAGAGUGCGGUUCCACCUCACCUGACAUGUACAUAUGGAGCUUCACCAAGCCCGGUACUGAAGCUAUAAAAGCAGUGGUGUAUGAUUUGGGGCGAGGACCAAGGAUACAGCAGCUCGCCCAGAAGCUUGGAAAGCUGACAGUCAUCUCAAACAGUGCUGCCGUGAGCAUCGAGAAACUGCCUCUGGCUGCACAGGGCCUAUACACCUGCCAGGCCUUUUAUGACAUAGACAAGGAGCCCAAAGUCUGCUAUUACUAUGUGCACCUCACUGUCCGAGUCCCGGUCACUAAGCCUUACCUCCUGGUGAGUGAUGUAUCUCCAGUGGAAGGAUCGACCAUGUGGAUGCGUUGCAAUCUUGAAAAUGGGACUGGACCGAUCCAGUAUGUGUGGCAACAUGAAACCCGCAGUGGAAACAUCUCAACCUUUGCACAGAGCAACACCAGCGUGGUCAACGUGACUGAUGUCAACCGCAACCACACCGGCUGGUACCGCUGCGUGGUCAGUAACGCAGUCAACAGUGAGCGUUCUGACCGCAUAUGGAUGGACAUCAUCUUUGGUCCGGACAUUCCUCAGAUAGAUGUGACUCCAUACACUCUGACCGAGCGGGGCUACUCAGCCCUGGAGAGAGAGACUGUUUCUUUACUGUGUCAAGCCCAGUCCAACCCGCCUAGUCAGUACGUCUGGUUCUACAACAACUCGCAGGUCUACACCGGGCCACAGCUCACCAUUACCAAGAUCCUCCGCAUGCACACCGGCGAUUACGCCUGCUUGGCACAGAACACCUACCUCAAUACGCGCUCCAAAAAAACCAUCAGCCUGACUGUUUACUAUCCACCUGAUGCCUCUCCUUCCUGCUCUGUGGAACCGGCUUUGAAUCACACCUCUCUGAGACUGCUCUGCUCCUGGUCUGGUGGAUUCCCCUCCGCCUCCCUCCACUGGACUGGAGACCUGAAACAUAUGGGACAAAAUGAGGCCGACAUGGGGCAGCAAGCAAAUCCACUGACCAACACUGCCAUCUUGCUGCCGUCUGAAGGCUUGACUUCUAGCAACAGCCUGUUUACAUGCAUGGGCUCCCAUCCUGCACUCAAACGGCCGACAGAGUGCAGCACACGCACAUAUGUUCCCCCUGCAGAGCCAGUGUGUUUUGCCUAUGUGACUAAUAACAAGCAGUACCUGAUGCUGUCCUGCUCCUGGGAUGGAGGGGAACCGAAGGCCUUGGUGUGGUGGGAGGGUCCGGGUGGCCAGGGCAAAGGUGGUGAAGAGAACUCCAACAUCCUGGUCCUUCACUAUGGCACCGCCCGCAGUGAGAAACCAUACACCUGCCAUGCUAAACAUCCACUUCUGGUCCAAACCAAGACCUGCAAACUCUCACUGGAGGCCCCUGUGUUGCUCACACAGCGCAGAGUUGUGUCUGUAUAUGAGGGCAGUGAUGUCCAGCUGACCUGCAACCUGCGAGCGAACUAUCUUCCUGUCAGUGAAAUAACCUGGUUCAACAAUCAUGGCACAGGCGUGGAGGAUGCAUCCAAGUACACGUUGCUGCGAACACCUGCCUGGGCCAAUCUGACUGUGCGAGACACAGAGGAGACUCGAGACAGCGGCGAGUAUAGGUGCUCCACUUCCAACGCAGUGGGUGGAACUGAAAUCAAUGUCACAUUAGCAGUCAAGAGGCACCCCAUGCCACCCAACGCUAGCCUGGUCAGAGUGACAUACAACAGCCGAAAGCGUAACGAGGUGGAGCUCGAGUGGCAGAUAGACAGUGAAGUAGAGAAAGAAGGCGGCUGGACAGGUUUCAUCCUGGAGCACAUAUGGGUGUCAGAGCGGCCAGGAAGGAGAGGCAGCAGCAACGUUUCGAAGGAGGAAGCGGAGGGAAGGAUCGGCCCCCCAAUCUGGUACCAAAACAUCAUCCAGGACCCAGAAGUCAGAAGUCAUACAAUAGGGAGCCUGACACCCACCGUUACCUACCAGGUCCGGGUCACAUCUCUCAACCAUCGCACUGUCGGACACCCUUCAGCAGCAAAGUCUCCAGCCGAACCACGCUUCAAUGCCUACCCCGCUGUGAUCGGAGCAGCUAUAGGGGGGAUGCUCUUUGCGGCCAUCGUCACAGGGCUGUUGCUCAUGUACAUAAUCCGCAACCGCAACAACAACCCUCGGCUGCAUGACAUGCUGUUUGGCUCGCAGCACAGCCAGUCCAGGGAAAACAUUAACUUCCCAGAGGAUGAGGUAGUUGGCGGGUCUGAGGGAGGAAUAGAGGAGAUUGGUGGAUUGUCUAGUCCAGGUCCAACUCUUGCUUUACCCCGGGCAUCUUCACCCCUAACCACCUCAACCCCGAGUGCCCCUCCUACCAUCGGCCAAGCCCCUCCCCCUGGAGAUGAUAACGAGCCUGUCAGCGUCACCAUCACUGUUAAAGCCACAGGCUCCUAGUUGCAUAUAUCAUGGACUCCUUUAUUCAGCUAAAUGUUUUUAUAAAUGGUUUCAAAGUUUGUGUCAUCAAGUACAGCCUUUAACUUGGAUCUUUAUGUAACUACAGUAACAGUUCAA